AUGGCACACGAAACCGAGAUCAUUGUUCCAGGGCCAUUUAUUUGCCUCCAGGGCUGCCCGGGCGAUGGAUUGUCAAACUCCAUCUCUGGAAGGCUACCGAAACUUCCGAGGGAUGAUUCUUCAUCAAUGACAGAUGCUCAACCAAUGGAGGGCGAAAGCGACUGUGGAAAUCAAGUAGUGCAGUUAGAAGCUGCGAUUCAUCCUAUCCUGGGAAAGCUCACACGACCAUCAGAUAUGAAUGGCAGCUUGACUCCGACAUGUCUUAUUCCGAACUGGAAUGCCCAUACAUCAUCCACAAAUGCAAUUUCAGCAAAUGAGUCUUCAAGCAUCGUGACAGAUGAUCGACAGGAAUCCUUCAUACCAGCGGUGUACACUAGGAAUCACAAGAGAUCAAUUAAGGAUUGGGUGCGUAAAUGUAGAGAAAAAGAAAAGGAGCAAAGAAGAGAAUGGAGGGAUUCUGUGCUGCAAAUCGAAGGAAGGCAUGGAGUAAAUCAUUGUAUGAUGGAUCGUUUCGAAGAAGAUGAAAUGUGGUGGCAAAAUGAUGGGCGAUUGUCGAUCUUCCGUGAUGUGCCUAAAAUGGCUGAUAACGGUGAAUUGAGUCUGGAUGCUGUCGGAACUCUCAGCCCUGGAGCAACCGUUGUGGCAACAGACAUCAUCUUUCUUGAUUCAAUUUCGUUCAGGCCUCUAGUGGUUCCUCCAACUGCACUCAAUGGCGACAACAAUGUUUAUCCAAAGCCGAAGAGAGGCUAUAUUCAGAUUGUUGAAAUUGAGCAUGGAGGGCGAAGCUGCUUUACAACUCUCAGCUUGGAUGGGUACUGGGUGCUUGCACCUGGUUUACCGGGCGUUUAUGUUGAUCCUCAUACUUGGUAUUGGCGAGUUCUAUGUCCUGCAGGAGCAUUUCUUCGCGAGGGCUUGGAACUCAACACACGCCACAUCGAAACUAUUCCUUAUGGAUCAUUAGUUCGAGUUUCUCGCAGAACUGUCAACAGCCAAGGCCUGAUGCGGCUUCGGAUUAAUGCCAAGAUUGAAGACCGAAAGAAAACUAAACAGAUUUCGAUAGACGGAUGGUGCUCUGAGUACUUAAAUCCUCAGUCGGGCCAAAGGGGCGUCGUACUUGCUCCGGUCCCUUUUCCUGUCCCUGCUCUCUACCGAGUCAAACUGCAAAUCGGGGCUGUCAUACGCACUUCCAUAGAAUUAUCCAGUCCACAAAUUGGAGUUGCGCCUAUCAAUGCAGUUUUGUCGAUUUGCGGACGGGCUUUCUCCGAGCAUCCAGUCGACCGCUGUAUAGAGCGCUUGCAACUUGCAGGUAAUGGUGGUUGGAUUAGCGUUAGAUUAAACAGACCGCCACCAAAUGAUGAUUUGGUUGUCGAACUGAUCCGUGUCGACGGAAACUAUGAUCCUGAUAACCCCGGACUCUACCACCUGGAUGCCCAGAGAGUGCUCCGUGAAUGUCAACAACACGAGAAAGAUGGAGCUGGAACCAGGGAUUUUGAGGAUUUGUCUUCAAUUGAAUCGGCAGAAUCGGACAAUAGUCGCAAGAACAAGCUUGAUACGUCAAAGGAUAGUCCUAACAGGGGAACCUCAAGAAAAUGCUUGAUUUGUUUGACUGAACACAGAAAUGCUACAAUUGUGCAUGGCGAAACAGGACAUGUAGCUUGCUGUUUGGUUUGUGCUAGGAUUUUAAAGGCUCGUGGAGAUAAGUGUCCUGUCUGCCGCUUGAGCAUCGAUCUAGUAAUUCAGCAUUUUUGGGCAUAA